AUGGGAAAAUUUCUCAUCUUUGGAAUAUUUUUUCUCUUUUUCUCUGUUUCUACUGCAAGACCUCAUAAUGAAAACGGCCAUGGAAACAAAUUUCUUUCUUGUUUUGCUUUGAAUUCUCCAGUUCCUAUUACCAACAUAAGCAGUAUCAUCCACAAUACUUCUGACCCUUCAUAUCCGUCUAUCCUUCAAUCUUCCAUACAAAACCUAAGGUUCAACUCCACCACCAUUCUAAAGCCCUGUUUCAUCAUCACACCCGAACAUUUCUCUCAUGUUCAAGCAGCAGUCAAUUGCAGCAAGAUCCAUGGCCUUGAAGUUAGGGUUCGAAGUGGCGGCCACGACUACGAAGGCCUUUCUUACACAGCAAGAAACCCCUUUGUCAUCAUCGAUCUUGUCAACCUCCGACAAGUUCGAAUUGAUCUAGAGAAUGGAACCGCAUGGGUUCAAACAGGCGCUACACUCGGCGAGGUUUACUACAAAAUCGGCAAUGCUAGCAAUACCUAUGGUUUUCCGGCCGGUACUUGCCCUACGUUAGGCGUAGGAGGCCAUAUCAGCGGUGGUGGACAAGGUUUUCUUAUGAGAAAAUAUGGGCUUGCGGCCGAUAAUGUUUUGGACGCAGUUAUAGUGAAUGCACGUGGGGAGAUUCUUAGUAGAUCAUCAAUGGGGGAGGACCUAUUUUGGGCCAUUAGAGGAGGAGGAGCUGCAAGUUUCGGUGUCGUUGUUGAAUGGAAGAUAAAGUUGGUUCCGGUUCCUCCUCGAGUCACCGGGUUCAUCGUCUCGAAAACACUUGAUCAAGGUGCAACGAAAUUGCUCCACAGAUGGCAGCAGAUUGCAGAUAAGUUUGUUGAAGAUUUAUUUAUCAGACCCAUUAUUAUAGUAACCAAAGGUGGUAAUAAUAGUACUAGAAAUAUCCUAGUGAAGUUCCAGUCCUUGUUUCUUGGAAGUUUGGAUCAGUUGCUUCCUUUGAUGGAAAGAAGCUUCCCUGAGUUGGGUCUUGAAGCUAAAGACUGUAGAGAAAUGAGAUGGGUAGAGUCCAUUCUAUACAUUGACGAUGGUUUUCCAUCAGGAGAGUCCUUGGAGAUUUUGCUUGAUAGGAAACAUAACAUGAACAAGGGAUUCUUCAAAGCCAAAUCGGAUUUCGUUACCAAACCCAUUUCGGAAAAUGAUUUGGAAAACAUAUGGAAGGUGAUGGAGGAAGGUGAAUCUGGAAUCAUGAUUUGGGAAGCUUAUGGUGGCAAAAUGGGCUAUAUAUCAGAAACAGAAACUCCAUUCCCACAUAGAGGAGGUGUACUGUUCAACAUACAGUAUUACAAUGGAUGGGCACAACCUGGAAAUGAUACUGAAACGAAACGUUUGGAUUGGAUUAACAAAGUCUACGAUUCAAUGGCUCCGUUUGUUACCAAGAAUCCGAGGACUGCUUAUCUGAAUUAUAGAGACUUGGAUUUGGGAAGAAAUAAAGUGGGGACUUUCUCAGAAGCCAAGGUCUGGGGUGAGAAGUACUUCAAGAGUAAUUUCUAUCGAUUAGCAAGGGUAAAAGGUGAAGUUGAUCCUGAAAACUUCUUCAAGAAUGAGCAGAGUAUCAUUGCACGUCGAAUUCCUGUUAAUACUAAGAGUAAUUGA